CCCUUCUAAUCAAAAUUUUCAAAGACGUUUUCCUAAAGAUUUUUUGUGGGGUGUUGGAUCAUCAUCAUAUCAAAUAGAAGGAGGCUGGAAUGCAGACGAUAAAGGCGAAUCUAUUUGGGAUCAUUUAACACAUAAUUAUCCAGAGAAGAUUGAUGACAAAUCAAAUGCAGAUACAACUGCAGAUAGCUUUCAUCAAUGGCGUCGAGAUGUGGAAAUGGUACACGAACUACAUGUCGGAAUCUAUCGCUUCUCAAUCUCAUGGCCACGUAUUAUGCCCGGAGGCUACAUGAAUCAAGUCAGCAAUGAUGGCAUCAAAUAUUAUAGUAAUCUAAUUGAUGAAUUACUACAUUAUAAUAUUACACCUAUGGUUACUAUUUAUCAUUGGGAGCUACCACAACGCUUACAAGAAUUAGGUGGUUGGACCAAUCCUGAAAUUAUACCUCUUUUUAAAGAUUAUGCUCGUUUAUUGUUUGAAAUGUUCGGAGAUCGCAUUAAAAUUUGGACAACUAUUAAUGAGCCAUGGCAUGUUUGCGAACAUGGAUAUGGUGUUGAUUAUAUGGCACCCUCACUUAACUAUCCAGGCAUACCAAGUUAUCUUUGUGCACAUAAUUUACUAAAAGCACAUGCUGAAGUGGUGCAUAUGUAUCGUGAUAAUUAUAAAAAUUCACAAAAAGGUAAAAUUGGUAUUACAUUAGAUGUUUCAUGGCCGGAGCCAAAAACAAAUUCUCCAGAAGAUCAUGCUGCUUCAGAACAAGCGAUGCAGUUUUAUGUCGGUUGGUACGGUCAUCCCAUAUUUAGUAAGAAAGGCAAUUACCCUCCAGUUAUGAUUGAACGCAUUAGAAAUUUAAGUAAAGAACAAGGAUUUACCAGAUCACGUUUACCUGAAUUUACAAGAGAGGAGAUUAAUCGUAUUCGCGGUACAUCCGAUUUCUUUGGCAUUAAUACGUACACAACUAAUUUGGUUACAAAAAAUAGCCAUAAUAAUACAGCAGGUUUUCCAGUACCGUCCUUCAAUCAUGAUAUGGGAGUUAUAGAAACACAAGAUCCUAGCUGGCCUGGAUCUGGUUCCGUAUGGUUAAAGGUUUAUCCAAAGGGCAUGUACAAUCUUUUGAUGUGGAUUAAAAAUGAGUACAAUGAUCCAAUCAUUAUAGUGACUGAAAAUGGGGUUAGUGACAGAGGUGGCUUGGAAGAUUAUGAUCGUGUUGAUUACUACAACUUAUAUUUGACAUCUGUAUUGGAUGCAAUUGACGAUGGUGCUAAUAUUCAGGGAUAUAUUGCUUGGAGUUUAAUGGAUAGCUAUGAAUGGAAAGCUGGAUUCGCAGAAAAAUUUGGUUUAUAUCAUGUGGAUUUCACACAUCCUAAUCGUACCCGAACUCCAAAGAUUUCAGCACAAGUUUACGCUCAUAUCUGCAAAACAAAUAUGAUUGAUUGGAAUUAUCGACCCACUUUAAAUGAACAACAAAUAUCUGCAAUGGCACGUCUUCCGGAAACUGAUUACACCGCAUCAGGGGCUGUUAUUAACAGCAGAAACGUGGUAUGGUUAAGCACGUUAUUUAGUGUUGUUUCAGGUGUUCUGUUUGGUGUAAUUUUAAGAUCCUAAAGUUUUAUUUAUUAAUUUGUUAUUAUUUAUUUUUUUUUAUUUAUGUAAAUUUUUAUUUAUCGUUUUUGUUUAU